CAACCUCCAUAUAUAAAUACAACCGCCGGAACCCUAAUUCAAAACUACAGAAACUAGACGACAAGUCGUAAUUCCAUACGCAAAAACUCCAGUUCCAUUCCCUUCCCAAUAAUAUGUCCAAAAGCAUUCCCGUUGAUGGUGAUACCAUCGACGUUGAGAAAAUCUUCAAGAAGUUUGACGUUAAUGGCGACGGAAAGAUAUCCAGUUCCGAACUCGGAUCCAUUCUCAGCGCACUCGGCACCGUCGCACCGGAGGAAGAAAUCAAAGUCGUAAUGAAGGAAAUUGACAAAGACGGCGACGGUUUCAUUGACCUUAAUGAAUUCAUCGAGUUUCAGCGCGGAGGAUCUGGUGUUGUUGAUCGAGAAGCGGCGGAUAAGGAGCUUCGUGAAGCGUUUGAUUUGUAUGAUCAGAAUAAGAACGGGAAAAUAUCGGCGAAUGAAUUGCAUUCCGUUUUGAAAAGUUUAGGCGAGAAGUGUUCGUUGAAGGAUUGCCGGAAGAUGAUUGCGUCGGUUGAUGUUGACGGCGAUGGUAGCGUCAAUUUCGAAGAGUUCAAGAAGAUGAUGAGUAAAUAACUUCAUUGAAUUCGUCUCUUCUCCGGUGUUAAUCAGGUAGUUUCGCAUUCGCAUUCGCAAUUUCGCAUUCGCCUUCGAAUCUAGUUUUCCUUUUAGCGAAUUUAGCAAUAGGAUUAGCAGUAACAUAACUGCUUUCAUACUAAUUCCACAAAUCAAUGUAAGUAAUUCCAUUAACAUGUCUAAAUCAUCUUAGAUUUAACAUGUUCGUUGUAGUUUGUUACUGAUUGUCUCUCUAAUCGAAUAAUUUGUCAAUAUGA